AUCACAAUAAGAGACCCUGCCUUGUGCUUUCCCCCACUCAUUCUCAGUCUCUCCCUCUCACCACUCUCUCCACCUCCGCCACUUCCCCACUUCCCCCUCUCUACUAGUUUAAAAAGAAGGCUCAAAACAAGAGGCAACGACGACUUUCACUUUUUCCUCCUCCUCCCUCUUCUUUUCAUGCUCUGUUUCUCUCGUAAGCAGAGCAUGGAGCGCUUCACCAUUUCUUUCUUCCUAUUGAUCCUCUCCAUGCUUGCAACUGCAGAUGCGGGAACAAUCGGAAUAAACUACGGUAGAGUUGCCAACAACCUUCCUUCGGCAAUGAAGGUAGUUCAGCUCCUCAAGUCUCAGCGUCUGACCCGAGUUAAGCUCUACGACACUGAUCCGGCCGUGCUCAAAGCCUUUGCUGGCUCAGGCAUCGAUGUCGUCGUUGCCUUGCCAAAUGAGCAGCUCUACGCGGCGGCCAAGAGGCGGUCCUUCGCGGACACGUGGGUCCAGAAGAACAUCGCUGCUUACCACCCAGACACCCAAAUCCACGCCAUUGCCGUGGGGAAUGAAGUCUUCGUGGAUCCACACAACACAACCGAGUUCCUUGUCCCAGCCAUGCGCAACGUUCACGCCGCGCUGGUUAAAUACAACCUUGACUCCGCCAUUAAGGUCUCCUCUCCCAUAGCCCUCAGUGCUCUCCAGUCCUCCUACCCAUCCUCUGCCGGAUCUUUCAAAACUGAGUUAGUCGAACCCGUCAUCAAACCCAUGCUGGAUUUCUUCCGCCAGACUGGAUCAUACCUCAUGGUAAACGCCUACCCAUUCUUCGCUUACGCAGCAAACUCCGAUGUUAUCUCCCUCGAUUAUGCUCUCUUCCGAAACAACCCGGGUGUCGUGGACUCCGGCAAUGGCUUAAGGUACUUCAGCCUCUUCGAAGCCCAAAUCGAUGCGGUAUUUGCAGCCAUGUCGGCUUUGAAAUACGACGACAUAAAGAUGGUCGUGACCGAGACGGGCUGGCCCUCGAAGGGAGAUGAGAACGAGACGGGAGCGAACGAGGAGAAUGCAGCUGCUUAUAACGGGAACCUGGUGCGCAGAGUUCUUGCCGGAGGUGGAACCCCGUUGAGGCCUCAGGAAGACCUGGAUGUGUACUUGUUCGCGUUGUUCAAUGAAAACAAGAAGCCGGGACCGACAUCUGAGAGGAACUACGGUCUGUUUUACCCUAACGAACAGAAGGUUUACGACAUACCACUAACAUCGGAGGAGGCGAGACAGAAGGUUCCGGUGAACGGCGGGAAGAAGAACCAGAUGACGCCGGUGAACAAUGGAGGGAGCGUUUCGACGAGCUCGUCGGGGCAGACUUGGUGCGUGGCGAACGGGAAAGCCGGGGAGCAGAAGUUGCAGGCGGCACUUGAUUAUGCUUGCGGAGAGGGAGGAGCUGACUGCCACCAGAUCCAGCCAGGUUCCACGUGUUACGAUCCUAACACCCUAGAAGCGCACGCCUCAUUCGCGUUCAACAGCUACUAUCAGAAGAUGAGGCGUGGGAUGGGAACAUGUGACUUCGAAGGGGCCGCAUACGUUGUCACUCAACCUCCCAAGUUUGGGAAUUGCGAGUUUCCUACAGGAUAUUGAGAAGACAAAAGAACUGGCAUUCGGUGGAUCUGAUUAGAAGAAGAAAGGAGGAGAAUGGUUAACAUUUUCAUAUAGCUUAGGAUUUUUUUUUUUUUUUUCUUUGCUUGUAUGUAGUGUAGUGAGUAGUUGUGGUUGUUGAAAUUUAUAUGACUGAGAUAUGUGUAAUUAGAUCAAAUCCAUCCAUAUGAGUACAUAUAAAUAUAUAUUUAUGUUCAUUUGAUUUCAA